GUCAACAUAUAAUGUCUUUUCCAAAUUUUCUACGAAACCGCAACCAUCGCAACGAGGCAUCUCACGAUCGAGAGAAUAUGCUCUUAUCAAUUAUACCCGAAAGUGUUUUAAACAUAAAGAGUUGUUGCUACUUUUUUGACCUGAAAAUGGGCUGCAAGUUAAUCGCAGUGCUUGAAGGUCUGUCUGGUCUACUUGAGGCUUUCAUUUCCUACCAUGAGAUUGGCUAUUAUCGACAAAUUUCGUAUAGACAUCGUGAGUAUGAUAUAAUAAGACGCGAUCCAAUUUCCACCCUGACCUUGGGCCUAAUCGGCUGCUUAAGUGCUCAGGUGCUGUUGGCAGGUGUGAUAAUGCAACGUAAGGCGUGUCUGCUGUUUUGGAUCUUUGUGAUAUCGAUCAGUACAGUUGUCUUUAUGAUCUACAACCUAAACAAUCUAUUCAUCUUCGAUGCUGUAUCAGCAGCCAUAGAGUCAUAUUUUCUCGUGAUCGUUUUGGCAUAUUAUUUACAGUUGCGGAGAGCUGAAAAUUCGAAUGAAGAAUUCGAGAUACUUUUCACGGCAAGCGAGCCACAGCUCGCCAAGUAAAUUAAGAUAUUAUAUAAAUAAUUGUAUAUAUAUUAUAAUAAAAUGCUUAAUUGCUAUGCA